CUCUGCAAAGGAUGUGAGAAAAAUUGGUGACAGAAGAAAGAUUUAGAGGUAUAUUGAUUUGGACCGUUGCCUAGAAACGUAACCUGCUAUUUUAUCUAAUCUUGAUGUUUCCAGGUAUGCAUCAGUAGUGUACCGAAAAUGCCAAGUUCACGGAGUUCAGGGAGAACUCGUAGUCGGGAGUCGACGUCAAGAAGAAGUCGUUCAAGUAACCGAUCACGCACUCGUCACAGUGAUGGCCAGAGUCGUCCUCGACGUCAUUCCCACUGUAAUUUCAAACAUCGUGAACGGAACUUUGCAGGUGCAGUUUGUAACAUGAUAACUAUUGUGAUUCUGUGUGUGGCCUUGGCGGAACCCAAAUGGGUGUCCAUCUACAAUGGACUCUGUAGCCUCAUCCAGAGACCACGGGGUGGAUUGCACUUCCUGGGUGCUUUCCAGUUUUUCUACAGUGGACAUUUUAUAGCCCCAGGCACAUAUCCUGAUGAAGGCUCAAGUGUAUUAUAUCAGUAUGGACCAAGUGUGGUGGAUGUGAUGGCCAACUGUGUGACCACAAAAGCGGUGAUGGUGUUCAAGUGGGUGAUAGCUGCCUCCUGUGUUGCUGUCAUCUGUAGCCUCAUCGCCUUCCUGCUGGAUUUAACCGGGCCCACACAGAGAACCUUCCGCAUGUUGCAUCGUAACGCCAUCUUCAGCAUUCUGACAGUAGUGAUCUGUGUGAUCGUGAACAUCCUGUGCUAUUUCAUCACGACACAAGUACAGCAGCUUCAGGGGGACAACAAGAAAGUGGAAGUUUCCUUUGAUGUCAGUUUCUACCUGAUCUCGGCUGCGGGAAGCGUGUCCGUGUUUGCUGUGGCCUGCAACUGCCUGCGCCGAUACCCUCUCCACGAAGAGCCCCGCCCCCAGCCAUACUUGCUGGAUGACUGUGAUGACUUGCACUCUCUACUGUCUCCCUACAGUCACGAUGCCUCCUUCAUAGGGCAACUGCCCCCAACCCCAGCCUACUCCCCCAACGUCCCCACUACAACCCCCACUGCAACAACAACCAACACACCUGCAACCACCCCGACCCCGGGGCCUGCUCCUCUGAGUGUGGUAGCUUGAAGAGCUCAAACAUGUAUAUGUAUUGGUAACUCUUCAACAAUCCCUAUUCCCACACUGACCCAACCUUACCCCCACCCCUACAGUGCCCCUGUCCACCCCAGCAUAAACUGAUAGCCUGAAAAGAACAUCAGUGCAUAGAUAUUAGUCCUAUCACUUCAAACCGCUAUCGGGACAGUAGGAUAGCCUUGUGGUUAAAGCGUUCGCUCGUCACGCUGAAGACCAGGGGUCGAAUCCGAACAUGGGUACAAUGUGUGAUUCUGUGAAACCCGUUUCUGGUGUCCCCGGCCAUGAUUUUGCUGGAAUAUUGCUAAAAGCGGCGUAAAAACACACUCACUCACUCACUCACUCACUCACUUACUCAAACCCCCAUCCCAAACCUUCAUGUUAAAUCAACCCCAAACCCUGCCCAACACCUCUAUACAGCCCAUCCCACCUUAGCAUUGGUUCCGUCCCAUCCCACUCCCACUCUGGUAGCCUAGUCUUCAUGCCAAAGACCCGGGUUCGAUUCCCCACAUGGGCACAUUUUGUGAAGCCCAUUUCUGGUGUCCCCCACCAUGAUAUUGCUGGAAUAUUUCUAAAAGCAGUGUCAAACUAAUCUCACUCACUCACUGAACCAACAUCUAAUUCCACACAAAGCUUGCACUUCUGAAAAGAGCAACAGUGUAUAUGGCCCCACCCAUUGGGCAGCCCUCAGUUAGUGGUAGUCUGAGACAUGUGUAUCAGUGUUAUUAUUGUCCUGACCCAGACCCUUAACAUCACACCGACACCCACCCCUACCCCACCCAGCUCCCUCCCAUCACAGAGGCUUCUAUUUUAACAGUGAUUCUGUGUGUAUUUAUUGCUGAUGCUUCACAGCAGGUGUUGGCAAGUAGUGACACAGAAUAGGCCUAUUUAAUUAUGAUCUGUUGUGUAGAUUUGAUAUUUACUACAUUGACAUUUGACUGGAGGCAGUAGAGGUUGUGUGAUAUUGUCUUGUCGUAGAAGAUUGUCUUGUCAAAGAAGAUUGUAUUGUCAAAGAAGAUUGUCUUGUCAUAGAAGAUUGUCUUGUCAAAGAAGAUUUUCUUGUCAAAGAAGAUUGUCUU